GGGUUGAGGUGAGACGAGAAGACCGGCACAUGUCCAAAUGAUCGUGUUGUUGCUAUGAUGCCAGGACCCGGUGAAGAUUUGCAGAAAUCAGCGCAUAUUGUGUUCGUAGUAUAUACACGAACAGUAAAAUACUCGAGCAGAAGAGUGUAUGAAUGCUAUAAGAUCGGGUUUCUGAGUGGUUGACCCAAGUAAAUCUUACAUCGAGUUUGACCGGUCUACUCCAUCAUAUGUGACAGAAAAAAAUGAGGGAUGAGGUCGCGUGCUAGAAGAAUUGUAGGAUCGUAGAUGACUAUGAUGUAGUUUAUUCUUUAAACGAGAUGAUGUCUAAGAUGGGGCGGAGUAACUAAAGCGGAGUGUUAAGGGUUUCCUACUAUUUUCGCCGUAAGCUCUAUCAUAAACUCUAAUUGGUUCAGGAUCCUUGCAUGGGUACGUAAGUGCACCUGCGUCCAGCCGCAGUCACUGCCGCAAUGAACCAACCCAACGCAUUUUAGCCUGUCUUUGGAAGCUUCGCACGCUACAGAGGCCACCUUCGUCGCUUCCCAUACGCUUACUCUUCAAUUGGCUUUAACUUCUUUUUAUCAAUUUUCACCUUUUUGAGUUAUCAAUCUGUUUCCUUCUUUUUAAUGGUUGACCUCCAUCGAUAAUAUUACUCCUUAUUUUAAUCGAGGGAAGCACAGGAAACGAAUGUCGUUGUUAUAGUCAGAAGUCUCUGAGUUUCCUUCUCCUUGGCAUUCGCAAUCAUGCCUCCUCCAGCUUCGCUCUGGAGCUCGGUGCGCGUCGCCGGCGCCGCGCUCCUUGGCCUGGCUAGUUGGACGUCCAUAGUCAGCGCCGAACCGACAGCUAGCGACUAUUAUGUUCACUCGCUCCCCGGUGCACCCGAAGGAGACACGAUUAAGAUGCAUGCCGGGCACAUCGAGAUCACACCCGAACAUAAUGGAAACCUUUUCUUUUGGCAUUUUCAAAAUAAGCACAUUGCGAAUCGACAAAGAACCGUUAUUUGGCUAAAUGGAGGGCCUGGCUGCAGUUCCGAAGAUGGCGCAUUGAUGGAAAUAGGUCCAUAUCGUUUAAAAGAUCAAAAUAACCUAGAAUACAACAAUGGUAGCUGGCACGAGUUUGCGAAUUUGCUUUUCGUCGAUAACCCCGUCGGGACCGGGUUUAGCUAUGUCGACACGAAUAGCUACGUCCACGAACUCGACGAGAUGGCCAACCAAUUCGUUACCUUCCUUGACAAGUGGUUCAAGCUCUUUCCCGAUUACGAACACGACGAUAUUUACAUUGCUGGCGAAUCGUACGCUGGACAACACAUUCCCUACAUCGCUAAAGCUAUACUCGAUCGCAACAGACUACCCCAAAAUACAGUUUCGUGGAAUUUGAAGGGCUUAUUGAUUGGAAAUGGAUGGAUUUCUCCCCCGGAACAAUACGAAGCAUAUCUCACGUUCGCCUACGAGAAAGGUCUUGUUAAAAAGGGAUCCGACGUAGGUGGCCAACUCGACGCCCAGUACCGCGAGUGUCGCAAGAACCUAGCCACAGAAGGCAACCAUGUUAGCAGCAACACUUGCGAGCACGUGCUACAGGAAAUCCUUCGUGUCACUUCAACUAGAGGCGCCAGUGGCUCGGAAUGUGUCAACAUGUACGAUGUUCGAUUGAAGGACACCUACCCGAGUUGCGGCAUGAACUGGCCUCCCGAUCUAGGCUUUGUUACUCCUUAUCUUCGGAGGAGCGAUGUGGUGGAUGCUUUACAUAUCAACAUCAAUAAGGCUACUGGGUGGACUGAAUGUAAUGGAGCCGUCGGUAAUGCGUUUGGAACCCCGAACUCGAAACCCUCGAUCGAUUACCUACCAGACAUUCUGAAGGAAGUGAACGUACUUCUCUUCUCAGGUGCCGAAGAUUUGAUUUGCAACCAUCUCGGAACUGAAGCAUUGAUCAGUAACAUGCAAUGGAACGGUGGAAAGGGCUUCGAGCUCUCCCCUGGCAACUGGGCUCCCCGUCGCGAUUGGACUUUCGAAGGCGAAGCCGCAGGUUUCUGGCAAGAAGCUCGUAAUUUGACAUACGUACUCUUCUACAAUGCUUCGCACAUGGUACCCUUCGACUACCCCCGCCGAACCCGCGAUAUGCUCGACCGGUUCAUGGGUGUGGAUAUCAGCAGCAUCGGCGGCGCGCCCUCGAAGAGCUUCCUCGACGGCGAAAAAUUGCCCGAGACUACCGUUGGCGGCACCGCCAACCACACCGAAUCCGACCAGGCCGCUAAGGAUAAGGAAGUUAGCGACGCCAAGUGGGCUGCUUACCAGAAAUCUGGCGAGAUCGUUCUGGCUAUCGUAGUGUUUGGUGCUGCUAUCUGGGGUUACUACAUCUGGCGCGCUCGUCGUCGGACUGCUGGAUACUCCGGCCUACCUGUUGUCGCGGACCACUCGCGCGGCGGUACUGGUCUCGAAAAUUUCCGUAGUAGGAGAGCCGCAAAUAACCGAGACCUGGAAGCCGGCGAUUUCGACGAGGCAGACUUAGAUGAUCUACAUGUCGCCACACCCACAGAUGCAGAGAGGGAAAAGCGAUAUAGCGUCGGCGAAGCAAGCAGCGACGACGAGGAUGACGACGAGGAAGAAGACUCCGAACCCGAUGAGAAAGCCGCUAUGAAGCCGAAACCAGGUACCAGUGGCCAGUCUUCAGGUAGGAGCUAGAGCGGCCCUCAAUCGACAGGUAUGAAGCUGAGGCGGGCAUUUUUCUUGGCGCAUCAGGAGAAUCAGGAGUUCAGAUCUUUGUAAAUUUUUGUUCCUCGUUGGUUAGUUAGGAGAGGGGAUGGGAAAGGGAAGGAAAGAAAGAGAAAUAGAGAAAGCAUUCGUUACUAUCUAUCUUUUCCUCGUGUAUGUCUAAGUGUUUAUUAUC